AUGUCUGGGGCACGCACGCCAGAGGAAUCCUGUUUGUGGCAGACAUUGGAACCUUUCCUGGAGUCUGGAGAGCCUGGGCCCGCAGCGGAGUCAGCCGACUGGCAGACUCUCGUGCCGGCUCAUCUACUGAAGUCUGAUGUAGACGAAGAGAACUGCAAGACGCUCGUCCCGCUUGCGUUAGCCCUGGAGUUCAGCAAUGAUGUGGGCCCCGAGCCUUCAGUCUGUAUGGAAACUUCAGAUUGCGGGCCCACCUUCCACGAAGCCCCACAGGAGGAGGUGAUCUUCGGUGAGGCAGUCUGGCUUCAUGUGUACGAUCUGACAGACUCCUUCCACCUCCCAAUUCUCAACUCGGCGCUCAGGCAUUCAGGCGCUGGCCUCUUUCAUGCAGGCAUCGAGGUCCAUGGCUGGGAGUACAGCUUCGGGCUUCGAGAACGAGGCACCGGCGUGUAUGCCUGCCAGCCCAAACGCAAUGCCUCGCACGCGUUUCGAGAAUCGCUUCUGCUUGGUUACACAGCACUGGACCAAAAGGAUGUCAAGACGAUCGUGAAGGAACUCAAGAAGGCAAGCAUCAGCUCCGAAGUGGCACUUGUCAUGGUAUAUCUAUUCGUAAUUAGAGGACGAUUUUGCAGCAACGUCCAUCAAGUCUUGCUGCCCCAUCGAGCCUGCAAGCAGAGCAUGGCCUGA